AUGGCGGCUGGCCCUGAAGAGGAGGACAUUAACUUCCUAUUCGAUAUUGUGGUCAAAAGUGUGGACCUCUACAAACCGGUCAAGGAACCGGAGAAAUGCGAGGCCCAAGUCAAGUUUGCCGGCAUCAAUAUAAAUCUUACACCCAGUCGGGUGAAUGUCAGCGAUUUCGUGGGCAACCGGCAGACGCAAUUUACCACCAGAGCUUCGGUGCUGCGAAAGUCACUUGAAGAACAGGGAAUGCAGAUAACCGCCCGUUACGAAGGAUCAACACUGGGCAGCAAUGUGAUGUCCUUCCCGGACACCUUCAUCGACAAAAUAUGCUCCACCAUGAACGAUCUCUUCUACGAGGAUACCACACUUUUGCUGCGACGAGGCGAAUGCGUUGGCACUAUCACCAUUUAUUUGGUUCUGAUUGUUAAGUGCACGGAUUUGGAUGUAAUUAGAGCGGAGGAACCUCGCGGGUCAAGCUCACGUCGGAGUUCCAGGAAGUCCUCGGCAGUUUCGGUGAUCCCCAGAAAGAUGCAGGAAAAAGUGGAAUGCCAGGGACUUGGAAAGACUUUCAAUCCGCAGGACGUGAUGUUCGUCAUCGGCGAUCCGGAUCCUUUGCUGAAGAUUCCUUCGGAGCCGUGUCCUGAGCUUCUGCCAGAGGAGGGGGAUGAGCGCCUGGAUCUGGAUUUGCAGCGCUACAAAAGCCUGGAGAAUCGACGCGUAGUCUUCCCCGAUGACGAUCCCUGUCUUGAGGGGAAACCCUCUUUCGCCCAGCUAAAGAAACUAACAGAAGACUACUCAAAGAUCAUUGACUUGGUGUCCGAUAGACUGAAGCGUUUGAAAGUGCCCACCAGUUCGGCGGUGCUCACUGAGCCUGAGAUUCCCUCGGAAAAUAAUGUUUCCACUCCAAUGGAUGAUGACAAGGUAACCCCCGAAGAGCGCUGGAUACCUGUUCCCUUAAAGGACGACACUGAAUAUGAUAUCAAACCCAUUCGAUUUUGUCCCAUUUGCCUGCACUCCAUGUCCUGGCUGCCGAAAUACAUACCCUGUCCUCGGUGCAAGGCCAAAACACGUCCUGUGCUCGCAGGAUAUCCCGAGAAGCAGAUGACGGCGGAUGAAAUUAUGGAAGAGCUACUCUGCAAACCAAAGUUACCCGAAGAAUCAGACGAAUUUUGCCUGAAACCCUGUCAAGUACCCAUUGUACAUGUGAAGAAAAUCAAGAAAAAAAAGAGGUCUCCACUGGGUGAACCUGUCCCAGACUCCGAUUCCGAAUCCGAUGAAGAGUGUCCUCCAUGCCGUUGCACCUGCACGAAGGGCACCUUCUGCGCCCAUUGCCGCAUUCGCCGAUUGUGCGAGGACAUCUUCCAGGCCGAGGAGAAGAAAAGGAUGCCCAAGGAGGAGAAUCACUUGGAAGUUCCUCUCCCCUGUUUAGACGAGGAUUUCUGUGUGCUCCCCGAACCCAUGGAUGAUGAUCGUCCCUAUUUGUCCAGGGUUUUAGUUGAGCUGAAGAACCUAUACUCCCUGCACGACACCAAGAAGUUGUUGGAACUCCAGAAACGCUGUGCUUCACAAACGCUACUCCCCCCACGCGGCUCCAAAUCCACCAUUACCUCGAGAAUGUCCCACGAUCACUUUGAUGCUCAUCUACCAGGUGGACCCUCCAAUCGCCAGACGGCGGGUCACAAGAGCUGCCUGCCGGUGGAGCACUCGGUUCCCCGGCACCACGGUUGGGAUUGGCCACGCACCCGGGAGGCCAGGAGGCACGGCUGGAGGCCAGGAGCCAUCCUCCGGGCAGCCGGUCAAGUGAUGCGCUACUUCCUGCUGCCCAAGAAGCAGCGGGAUCUGUGCCGCAGCAUUACAGCUGACCAGGAAGAACGCGAGAGAAACAAUCUACCACUUUUGAAUAUUCGCAAGAAGGAUGGAGUCAUUUUCGUCACUCUUCGCGCUCUGCCCACCUUGGACAUGCAACAGCAGCCCAUAACUUUUAGGAUCGUAAAAAGCGACUUGGCGGUGGCUCUGCGGCAGAUCAAACGAUCACUUAAGGAUCAGGGCUUCCGGAAGUGCACUUGCCACAAGUCCUUGAUGCUGUGCACCUGUCGCGAUGCCCUGGAAAAGUUCGAGCUGAACAAGGCUCUGAAGAAGGAGUGCCAGCGACGCAUCAUGGAGCCGUGUCCCGAGCACCUGGUGCUCACCGAUACGAGUGUCAGUGACUUGGAGUUCGAUCUCCAUGUAAACCCACCUGCAGUAAGUGGAAAGCCGAGUGGGAAAGCUCUACGGAAUGUGGUGAAUCAUGGAACUCAGACCGAGAAGAAAGGGGUACCUGCCAUAGAGCCCAAAUACCCGGUGAAAGAUAGUCCCUACUGGAGGGCCUACGACUGUGCAGCCGGUGAUCGCUACAUGGGCACAGCCUUCGGCAGCAAUUUGGAAACCGUUUUCGAGGACGGAAUCUUUGGCUACAGAGGCGGAGGACAGCACGGCCGAGCUCCCGUUCGUAGGGAUCCCCGGGUUUGGGGCCAGCGAACCGGAGCACCCAUGCCGAUUGGAACAGCUCCCGCUACCCGCGAUCCCUAUAGGUUCACUCGAUCUGUGUGGAAGGGACUUCCGAAAAAAAUUAUUCAUCAAAUGCGCACCAAUCGUAAACUAUAAUACUCUUACAAUAAACAUUAUUCUAUAUUGGGA